AUGCACACGGCCCAAGCCCUCGCGUCGAUCCGGCGGUCCCGCACCCAAGACCCGGAAACCGGUUCUUCUCGCGUGCGCAAGUACCCGACCGAGCGCUCGUCGCUGCUCCAGGGCAACGGCCAGGCAAGCAGCAGCCAGGCCGAAGCUGCUACCGAGCAGUGCAACGGCCACAGCCACAGCGUGGACAAUGAAGACGUGCCGUUGACAGUGAAGCAGGACGCGCAGGCCAUCUACGCCAUGGUCAAGGACCAGCCUUUGAACCUCAUGCUACUGGCGGCGCCCCUGGCGAUCUGGGCGUCGCUCGGCGGCUGGAGCGACCUCUGGGUCUUUGUCUUCAACUUCCUCGUCAUGAUCCCAUUGGCCAAUUUACUCGGAGAAGCCACCGAGUCGCUCGCGUUCCACACGGGCGAGACCAUUGGCGGCCUCGUGAACGCCACGUUCGGCAACGCCGUGGAAGUGAUCGUCGCGAUCCUCGCGCUCCAAGCAGGCGAGAUCAACGUCGUGCAGAGCUCGUUGAUUGGCUCGGUGCUGUCCAACCUCUUGCUCGUGCUCGGCUGUGCUUUUAUCGCCGGGGGCGUGCGGAACAAGGAGAGCUCGUUCAAUGCCGUGGGCGCGAGCGCCAACUCGUCGCUGCUCAUGCUCGCGAGCUUUGGCAUGUUGCUUCCGAGCUACAUUUUCUACUUUUCCGACCACGACUCGGAGGAGAUUCGAGUGGCCAAUACGCUCACGCUCUCGCGCAUUGCAGCGGCGUUUCUGCUCUUUAUGUACCUCCAGUUGCUGUUUUUUCAGCUCAAGACCCACGCCGACUACUUCGAAGACGAACAGAGCCACUCGGAGGAAGUCGUGGCGCUGUCGAAGCGAGCGAGUGCAGCGGUCUUGCUCGUGGCGACGUUGCUCGUGUCCAUGUUUUCCGAGUUUCUCGUUCACUCGAUUGACGGCUUUGCAUCUCAAAUGCACUUGAGCAAGUCGUUUAUCGGCAUUAUCCUGCUGCCCGUGGUGGGGAACGCAGUGGAGCACGUGACGGCUGUCAAAGUGGCGCUGAACAACAAGAUGGAGCUGGCGAUGGGCGUCGCAGUUGGCUCGGCGACGCAGGUGUCCCUUUUCGUGGUGCCCGUGGUCGUGCUCUCGGGCUGGUUCAUGGACCGCGAGAUGACGCUGGCGUUCCCUCAGUUUGAGAUUCUCAUCUACCUCAUGUCGAUCAUCAUCGUCUACGCCAUCAUAGCUGAUGGCAAGUCCAAUUGGCUCGAGGGGUCGAUGCUACUAACUGCGUAUGCGCUGGUAGCCAUUGCCCUCGUCUGGGUCGAAAUCCCCUCGGCAGAAUAA